AUGGUCUCCGAGCUUUGCCCCGUUUACGCGCCCUUUUUCGGCGCCAUGGGUUGCACCUGUGCCAUUGUCUUCACCUGCCUGGGUGCUUCUUACGGUACCGCCAAGUCUGGUGUUGGUAUCGCCGCCAUGGGUGUCCUCCGCCCUGACCUUAUCGUGAAGAACAUUGUUCCCGUCAUUAUGGCUGGUAUCAUUGGUAUUUACGGUCUGGUCGUGUCCGUCCUUAUUUCCGACGGUCUGAAGCAGGAGCUCCCUCUGUACACUGGUUUCAUCCAGUUCGGUGCUGGUCUGGCUGUCGGCCUUGCCGGUCUUGCUGCCGGUUUCGCCAUCGGUAUCGUUGGUGACGCUGGUGUCCGAGGAACUGCCCAGCAACCCCGUCUCUUUGUCGGCAUGAUUUUGAUUCUCAUUUUCGCCGAAGUCCUGGGUCUGUAUGGUCUCAUUGUUGCUCUUCUCAUGAACUCUAAGGCUACCCAAGAUACUGUCUGCCAGUAG